AUGUCACUCCCAAAGAUACCUGUCAUCUCUGGCGCGGUUGAGGCACUCAAAGAGAUGCCAGUCGAGACCCGUCUGUUCAUCAACGGGGAGUUCGUCCCCUCUCGCAGUGGGAAGACAUUUGACGUAUACAACCCUGCUACUGAGCAGAAGACAGCAUCUGUUUUCGAGGCGGACGUCGAAGAUGUUAAUGACGCUGUAGCGGCUGCCAAAGCAGCGUUUCCUGCAUGGUCCGACCUUGCAGCGACCGAGCGAGGAGCAUUUCUGUUCAAGCUGGCAGAUUCCAUGGAGAAGCACUUUGCAGAAAUGUCCUACCUUGACGCUAUCAGCAUGGGAAAGCCAGUGGAUUCUGAUUUUGCGACAGCGGUUGCGAUGAGUCAACUACGAUAUUACGCUGGAAAGGCUUCGGACAUUCAAGGAGACAGCUCUCUGAACACACCCGGCAUGCUGAACAUUGUUUUGCGGCAGCCGUUCGGCGUAUGCGGUGCUAUUACUCCAUGGAACGCCCCAAUUACCAUGGUUGUUCAAAAGCUCGGUCCUGCGCUGAUUGCAGGCAACACGCUGGUCCUCAAGUCAUCUGAGAAGGCCCCUCUGAGCCCCUUGGUCUUAGCCAAAUGCUGCCAAGAAAUCGGGUUGCCGAAAGGCGUUUUGAAUAUUCUCAAUGGCUUUGGACGGCCAUGCGGAGAGGCUAUUGCGCGACACAUGGACAUCCGGAAGGUUUCCUUCACGGGAUCUACAUCCACCGGUCGCGCCAUCAAGAAGGCUGCCGCUGAAUCAAACUUAAAGAAGGUCACCUUGGAGCUUGGUGGAAAGAGCCCACUAAUCAUAUUUGAAGACGCUGAUCUUGAAAAGGCCGUCCCUGCUACAGCCUUCUCAAUCCUUGUGAACUCAGGCCAGGCUUGUGUCGCAAGCUCGCGAGUCUUUGUUCACACAGCCAUUGCCGACAGAUUCAUAGAUGCUCUCAAGAUCGAGAUGGAUCGGGUCGGCGCAGCUGGGGACCCGUUGGGCUGUGGCAACCAGCGCGGUCCUCAGGCAGAUAAGUUACAGUUCGACAGAGUCAUGGGGUUCUUGGAAGAGGCGAGAACUACGGGCUUGGAGUUCGUCACGGGAGGAGGGCGAGUCGGAGACCGUGGAUACUUUGUUCAGCCGACGAUCAUUAAAAACGCACCAGCCGACUCCAGGGUGAUGAAGGAGGAGAUAUUUGGCCCGGUGAUGUGCAUCAAUUCUUUUGAUGAUGAAGAGGCGGUGCUGGGGACAGCCAACGAUACCAGUUACGGUCUCUACGCCUCAGUAUACACCAAGGAUAUUUCACGCGCGCUUAGAAUUGCGAAGAGGUUCGAGGCCGGAAACGUCGGCAUCAACUGCACCAGCCCGACCAUGACGGCCGACAUGCCGUUUGGGGGGUGGAAGGAGAGUGGUGAAGGCAAGGAGGGUUCCAAAUAUGCUACCGACUACUGGACGGAACUGAAAUCGGUUUACGUGGCACUUUAG